UGGGGACAGCCAUAAAGCUUGAGGGGAAUAGCUGAAAACCAAGAUGAAGAAGACAGGGAUGCUUGUCCUCUGUGUGCAUUUGACCUUCAUGUUACUGGGCAGCACUGAGGGAAACCAGUCACCCACUUGCGCCAACUGUUCAACUACAACAAUAACAGUAAGCUCAAUGACCACCGGACCUCCAUCGGCCACGACACCGCCCAGCAGCACCUCCACCCAUGUAGCCUCCAGCAGCUACACCAGCACUACUGUAACCACAAGCCCGACUCCCACCACCUCCUCCCCCUCCCCCUCCUCCACCCCCCCCUCCUCCUCCUCCUCCUCCCCCUCCCCCUCCUCCACCACCACAUCCUCGUCCUCCACCCCCACCUCCACCUUAGCCGUCACCUCAACCUCCACAACUACCACUGCUGCGUCAAACAAGACCACAACGACCUCUGGAUCAACUCAAAACUCUACAACCAAAUCAUCCACCACGCAGAGUGUUGGGACUUCAACGCCGACAGCAGGGUCUGCUGCUUUGUUCGGGUGCUACAGUCAACUGCUGGUGCCUGUCAUUUCCAUCCUCAUCUACAGCGCAGAGGGCUGAAAGUGUACAACCUCCACCUAAGGGACUUUUGUCCUUUAUAUUAAAUCCAUAAUUCCUCCUAUGUAUUAAGGGAAAAGUUCACAGAUUCACCUUUCCUCAAUAUAAAUGUUUUGAUUUUUGACUCUCGGAGCCUCUUAUUUAAUGGCUCAUGCUAUGACUGUCACACAUUUAGCAUACUAAUGUUAUGAAGUGCUUUGUUUGCACUGAGCUCUUUUCCACUUUUACCAAGACUUCCCCACACAGUCUCUAUAUAUGAUGUGUAACCCCAUGCUUCAAAUGUUAAAACUAUAUUUCACAAAAUACUUAAUGUAAACAGUGGCUAUGAAAUUUCUCUGGAUUUUUGUGGCAAAUAAAAAGGUAAUUGAACUGGCA